AUGGUAGUCCUCGCCGAUAUCCAAUCCUCCAAUGCCCGGAUUGCUACAUCCCUUCCCCAGGGCAUGGUAGCUGUCUUUGUCGGAGCAACAAGUGGCAUUGGCGAAGCAACCCUCAAGCAAUUCGCUAAGCAUGCUACACGGCCCCGCGUCUAUUUUGUCGGUCGCAAACAAGACGCGGGUAACCGUAUCGUCGCCGAAUGUGAAGCCCUGAAUCCAGAGGGGGAAUAUAUCUUCAUCCCCGCAGACGUGAGCUUGCUCAGCAAUGUCGACGAGGUCUGUCGUAACAUCAAGACCAAGGAAAGCACUCUCAAUCUUCUGGUUCUCACGCCGGGAAUAGCGGCUAUACAUAGUGAAACACCCGAAGGACUUCGCAAGAUCACCUCCCUCCUCUACUUCGCCCGCAUACGCUUCAUCCUAAACCUCCUCCCUCUCCUCCAACAAGCCACCAGCCUCCGCCGCGUCAUAACUGUCGGGGCAGCCGGAUCCGAAGGCCCCAUCGACACCACCGACUUCGAAGGCAGAAAGGUGUCAGCCCCCUUUUUUCGCGGGCAUAUCACGUCAUUAACUACGGUGGCUCUGGAGACCUUAGCUGAGAAAGCCCCAACCGUAUCGUUCAUCAAUACUCACCCCGGAGCUGUACAAACCGGGAUAACCAGAGAGGUGGAUAAUCUCCGUAUGUGGAUUGUCUGGCUUGCUCUCCUGCUGUUCGGCCGUUGGGUCUGUAUCCCUGUGAUAGAGAGCGGAGAGAGACAUCUCUUUGUGGCUACGAGUGCGAAGUAUCCGGCGCGGGAUGGGGACGACGGGGUGCCGCUGUCGGAGAGUGUCGUGGUUGCGCGGGGUGUGGAUGGAAAGUUGCGAGGGGGUGUUUAUUGUGUUACCUCGGAUGGGGAGAGCUCGGAUAAUGCGAUUGAGGUUCUGAAAGGCUUGCGAGAAAUGGGCAUUGGAGAGAUUGUCUGGAGGUAUACGGAGAGUCAGUUCAAGCGGAUCACCGGGGGGCAAGCAAUAUAA